CUAAACACCACCCGUACAUAGUUUUUUCAAAACGCUAACAUUAAUCGCCAACGCUAUUCCCAAACAGACCCUUUAUCACUACCACACGAACGUUUUGCCGUGCACUGCACGAGUUAAAAUCCAGUUUUUUUAAAGAACAUUAGAUUUCAUUAUUAACAAACGGAGGUAGCUCAAAGAUUGGGCCUGGCCUGGGCUUUAGUCGUGAAGUAGUUGGAUUUCGGUUUCUUCAUAUAUCCCCAAACACCAAAACAAAAAACCAAAACUGCAGCCAUACUUUCAGUCUACCACAGCCAAUAAUCAAAGGUUAGGGAUGACAUUGGCGGAUGAGGAGGCGUUUCCCAGCCCCUGGCACAGUUUCUGCCUUGAGAGUACACUGAAAAAAGCACAAGAGAUGGAAGAAGAGAGACAACUGGGUGUUGCUGGUGCUGCGACCGCACGUUUGAUUGAUGCCAUAAACAAUGACAGGAAGAGAGCUUUGGAAAAAAGCUUAGAACCUCCUAACAAGAAAGUCAAGCGUAGUGAUGAUAAGGGGGAGGAGGAGGAUGAUGAUGAUGAUGAGGAGGAGGAGGAGAAGGCUCCUAAGUAUCCUCCUGAUAUGAGGAGGAAGCCCAUUGUGAUUGAGAAGAACAAGUGUUUACCUGGCGGCAUUGAAUCGUUCUUAUGUUCUAGAAAGAAACAAAAGAGGGACUACCUGGUGCGCUUCAGUGGGGAACGAGUACCUGUUGCAAGUCUCCGUGGUAAGCACCUCGUCAUCUGCGCUUUCUUGCUGCCUCUUCCCAAUUAUAGUGGAAUGAACGAAGCUCAAGUUUGUCGCGCCAUGAUAGAUUCUUACCCCAAGUUGUGCGAGCUACAUGAUUUUGAGAUGGUCAUGGUUGCCCGAAUGAAAGACCAAGCCGAGUUUUCAAGCAGAGCGGAUGAAGAGGCUGCCUUCAAUCGCUUUUUCUCUGCCUUCCCUUGCCUUGCGGUCCCUUUCUCCGACUCCAGUUCUCGUGACUUCAUUUGCAGUUCUCUCAAUUUGACACACCCAUUGAGCUAUAUGGGUGUUCUUAUUGUGGAUGAUAAGCAGGUGGUUGUGAGACAAAGCGACAUUGCUGAUUCCCUUUUCCUCUGGUAUGGAUCUCGUUACUUUCCCUUCACCCAGUCCAGGGUUGAAGCCCUUUCAGUUGAACUGGAGGAAAUGAAGAUCAGGCUGGACCCUAUUCACAUUGAAUUUUCUACCCCUGACGAGGAGAUGGACCAAGUAAAGGCCUCCCGCACCCCUCUUUCGCUUGUUGAGCUCUUUGGCUGCCAUCCCACUGACAUGCUCUGGAAAUGUUUUGCUGACUGGGAAGAUAAAAAAAUGUGUUUUGCUGGUGAUGGGGAUGGGAACUGCCUUUUUCUCAAGAGAUGUAGUGCAAGCAACAAGAAUGUUCUCCAGAAAUGUAGCAGUAGCAACAAGCAAUUUCUUCGGCCGUGCAGCCAUACUGGGGGGGAUGGCAAUGACAAGGUGGCGGUAUCUGUGUUGGAAUUGAGUUGUAAGAAGUUGGUGGGAGUGUACCUCUGCAUUGAUGGGAAUUUCAUGGCUGAACUUUUCAAGGUCCACCAACAAUGCUUGGCUCAAGGUUUGGAGUUGGAGGUAGUGCUGGUAUUUCUACCCUUUUUUGGGGACUUCACAUCCUUUGUCAACGAUGCCAAACAUGCCAUUAAGGCGCUCAAGAUAUCAUCUUGGUGGGUCGCUCCUUACAAUGGCAAAAUAAGCCGGAGGCUAUGGGGAAUGUGUAACCAUGAGUGGUCUGAUAAGUUGUUUGUUUUGGAUGGGGCUACCAAAGCUGGGGAACUCAAUGGAAGAGGUCUCAUGCAUAAUUUAGGGGUCAAGGGAUAUCCCUUCACGAGAUAUAGUCUUGUCGAAAAACUGUUGUCCCGUCUUAGGUCUACCACCAUAGAGUCGCUGUUUGACGAGUCCACCGAGGGUGUUCACAACAUUGCCCUCCGCGACCAAGGACCUCCAUUUGCGUUGCAUGUGUCUGAGCUCAAGGGCAAGAAGGUCCUUCUAUACUUUGACUAUUCUUCCACCAUGGAAGGAAGAUAUGUGUUUAAGAAGUUGAAAGGGUGCUACGACAGAAUGAAGCAGGUUUAUCCUAAUUCAGAAGUGCUGUUUGUUCCCCUUAAAGAGUUUGCCAAGAGGGCCCCCAAGAGUGCCCCCAAGAUGCCAUUCUGCAGCUGACUCAGUAAUCAAGAAGAUUUGGUGGUAUAGAUGGGUGGAGCCUAACAUCCUCGCAUUCGGGGAGGAUGGCCGACUUUGCUGUUGGCGUGCUCAAAAUCACCUAAAUAAUGGUGCGGUCAGCGAUUCAUUGUUUGCUGACGAUUUGCGUGAAGAGGUUCUUACUUACGUAUGGGAGUUGUUAUCAUUCGAUGAGGACUGAUUGAUUUAUUGACGAUUUGCGUGAAGCGGUUGGUUCUUACUAUCUGUCUUGUCUCAGUGGUUGUUUUUGUUUUGAUUCUGCUACUGCUGCUGUUGUUUAUGUCAUUCAGUGCGAGUAACUAGUUUUAUUGAGUGUGAUAUCCUCUUCAGUAUUUAUUUAUAUUGGAACCUAACAAACUAAAGUGGUGUGAUUUUCUGUAUCCUUAUUAGCUUGUGCCGAUAUUUAAACUUAACUUUCAUUAUAAGUGAACUAGUGAAGUUU